AUGCAGGAUUUGAAUCGUACAGAGAACAAUAGGAACAGAGAUUUGUUGGAGGUUGUUCUCCAAAACAAGGAGGAAGCUAGAUUAUCCUCUGCAGACCCUAUACAAAGGAUUGCUACCUCUUUGCAUGCAACUAACGGUAACCUCAGUCGCCCUUCAAGCUUCGUAUCCAAACGAAGCACAACAUUAUCGCAGUCUCAGGAGCACUUAAGCGAUGACGAACCCUCUAUGGUCCAGGAACGGAAAAAGAGUACAAACUCUGUUCAAAGCAGUAUAAUUGGUUUAGGCCUUCUUUGUAUUGUGUCGGUGGUACAAAGUGCAGUUUCAGUGCAAAUACUCUACUACAUAUCGGAGGCCCGCCGAGAUGAACAGUCCCCCAGGAAUGGGACAUUAUUGUCGACUCCAAAGGAUUUCGAUGACGUAUUAGAAGUUGCCACCGCGUUCUGCACAUUUGUGCUCGUGCUGUGUGUAAGCUGUUUACUAGUAUGCUCUAUGCAAUGUUUCUUUGCCUCCAGGAUUCUUCAAGUGGCCGAGGGAGAAGAAAGGGCCGCCAAGUUCCUGAGAGAGUGCUCCAGCAGUCGGGUGAUCGCAGUACUUGGAUUCUUCGUCGCCUUGCCAGCUUUCCUCAUAACGCUGAUUCUGUUUGUGGUGUUACGACUGGACUCAACCCCUGCUGUCACCGCCACUGUCAUUAUGUCCAUCGGCGUCCUCUUCGGUAUCCUCAGCGUCAUGCAGAACAUUUACCACUGGCACUACGAAAUAUCUCGUGCGGCAGACGGACUUCCGGUUUACGACACGAAUUUACAGAAAUCUCUGCAAGAGCGAAAACCAAGAAAUGAACUUAAUACACUUGUAUGA